CAAAUAGAAAAGCAUGACUCAUCGUUUCCGUUGUUUAAAUGAUAAAUCACUAGAACAAGAUGCUCCCAUCGUGGAAGGAUCGUGGACGCCAAGGGGCACCGACGGACUGGGGCAAAUCAGGCCUGUGCAGCACAAAUGGUGGCGAUAACAACAUGAGCUAGGACAAGUAGAGUAGGUGCCUCAGUCACCGGCUUUGUUGUCCUUCCAGUGGUGUAUACCGAGCAGAAGCUCCAUCAACAUCAGGAUGUUGAGAAUAUUGAAGCAGGAGGUGCUCACAUUGCCCUUGCUCAUCUCGUUGGGUCCCUCCUCCAGUUGGACCGUACUAGAAGUUCUGGCCCAAAAGGUGGCCACGCCUGGGUCUCUGGAUGGCAUCUACCGCAUUUUCGGCCACAGCAGUGGAUUGUAUCUAGGCAGAAGCGGCAGCUUAGUUCCAAGAGGCAAGGAGAAUGGAGCAAGUACCCAUAGUGACUGGUCUCAAGAAUGGAUCGUCAGACGAGCGGAAAAAGAUGAUACAUACACGCUUCAGCAAGUGUCGAGUGGGCUUUUUCUAGACCAUGAUGGCGGAAAGACUGUCGUUCUUAUGAGAAUUUUAUAAUGAUAGAAGCACCACUGUAAUUGUUGCUGUUGUGGUUGGUAGAACCAUCUUGACUUCCACCCUUGGCCAGUACAACAACUGAGCACAACAUUUAGUCUUUACAUAUCUGCUUCGGCAAUAUCGUAAUCGUAAACUUAUAAAAAGUAAUCAAGUAGUCUAACUUCAGCCCUCCGACCCUGGGUGCCUCGCAACGUUGGUUUCUACGUUUGCGCAGGAUCGCAGAAGGGCUACCACUAUCCUACGAACUCCGACAGGAAUCUUCAGGAAAGACUCUCUUAGCACUGAAUAGUGGACGAUUGGAGCUAGACGAAGCUGACCAAGGAAUUCAGGCUCAUCAAGGUGCAGAAUUGCCUUCUGGCGCCGGCUCCAGCACAAAAACUAAAACAACACCUUACGCAACUGGUAGUAGUACUGGUAGUACUAGAUCUCCUACAAGUACAAUGCGUGUACCAUCGGAGCGAGAGUGGGGAUUUGAGAAGCUAAGAGAUCUUGAGGUACUGUCUGGCGUCUAUCAUAUCAAGCAGAAACGCACAGGACUAGCAUUAGCACAACAGGACCUCGUGCCUAAGGAGGAGGCUACAACUGCAAUCUCUACCUCUGGAAAUGCAGCCUCUGGCGUUGUGCAACAAGGAGAAGCAGAAGGAGGCAUCAGCGCAAGUCCUGCAACACCAAGUUCAAGGUCACCAUCUUCAUUUUCUUCGCUUUUGACAGUAGCCCCACUUGAUAUGGUAGGUGAUAGCCAGCGCUGGGAGUUUUCUCUCGUGCAAGGCAGCAUUUACACCAUAGAUCAGUGGGGGAGUGGGAAGUAUCUUGAUUUAAGGCUUCUCCUGAUCCAUCUCAUGACGCAUCCUGGAGUGGCUUUUCAAGUGGAAAAGUAGAGGCAUAGAAUGAGUCUCAUGAUGGAGAAGGGCGAGCACUAAUAGAUGCUGAGGUUGGCGAACGUGAGCAACUGCAGCAACGACCCCAGAAACAGAUUAACACGUUGCAAGAACAGGCCACAAUGCUGCAAGAACUUCCUCGACAACAGCAAUCCACAAUGCCUGCCGGGCUCUCCCUAGCGGAGGGUGGUCUAUCGCAGUUGUGGUAUCUACAACCUCUACAGCGGAACUCUGGUGGUAGCUCGGAUUAA